UACGUUAUCUCAUCAAAUAGUUCCCCUUUCCAUGUUCCUUUCUUGAAGCUCGAGCCACCCCUCACGAGCCCUCCUUUUUCCAUCGCUCCUCUUCGUCUCUCCUAUUUUCCCCCAAUUAAAUUAUUCCAGAAACCGGCUUCUAAAUUUCAUGACUUUCGAGUUUUAACUCACCCACUUGCACUCCUCCAUGUUUCUCUAACCAAUUGCCCACAGCUAAUUUCCUUUUUUCCCAAACUAAAAAAAUAUCCCUCCAAAAAUGAAGCGAGAUCGUGAUCGCGGCAAGGCCGCCGCCUCCGCCUCCGCCAAACCCAGCAUGUGGCCGGAGCCUCAGCCCGACGCCGGCAUGGACGAGCUCUUCGCCGUGCUCGGAUACAAGGUCAAGUCCUCCGACAUGGCUGACGUCGCCGAGAAGCUCGAGCAGCUGGAGAUGGCCAUGGGCACCACCGCCGAUGACGGCGUUUCCGUCCUCGCCGACGACACCGUCCACUACAACCCCUCCGACCUCUCCGGCUGGGUCGACAACAUGCUCACCGAGCUCACCGGCGAAUCGUCUGCAACCAAUUUCGCCGGCGAAGACGAUUUGCGCGCGAUUGCCGGCGGCGCCAUUUUCGACUCGGGGAACGGCUGCAAGAGGAUGAAGGCGGCGGCGGACGUCAGAUCUGAAUUCGGCGAGGAUUCAUCAGCGGUGCAGCCGCGGGCGGUGGUGGUGGACUCGCAGGAGACGGGUGUGCGGCUGGUGCACACGCUCAUGGCGUGCGCGGAGGCGGUGCAGCAGGAGAACAUGAAGCUGGCCGACGCGCUCGUGAAGCACGUGGGGCUACUCGCGGUGUCGCAGAUCGGCGCUAUGCGGAAAGUCGCCACUUACUUCGCGGAGGCUCUGGCGAGAAGGAUUUACAAGAUCUACCCGGAGGAGCCGCUCGAUUCUUCCUUAUCCGAUAUUUUGCAGAUGCAUUUCUACGAAACCGGUCCCUAUCUCAAAUUCGCACAUUUCACCGCGAAUCAGGCGAUUCUGGAGGCUUUCGCCGGCGCGAAUCGUGUUCAUGUGAUCGAUUUCAGCUUGAGGCAGGGGAUGCAGUGGCCGGCGCUGAUGCAGGCGCUGGCUCUGCGGCCCGGGGGCCCGCCGGCGUUCAGGUUGACCGGGAUCGGGCCGCCGCAGCCCGAUAACAGCGAUGCCUUGCAGCAGGUAGGGUGGAAAUUGGCGCAGCUAGCUGAAACGAUAGGCGUGGAGUUCGAAUUCCGUGGAUUCGUGACGAAUUCGCUGGCCGAUCUGGAUGCGGAGAUGCUGGAAAUUAGGGCGGGCGACGAGGAGGAGACGGUGGCGGUGAAUUCCGUUUUCGAGCUGCACCAGCUGCUGGCCCGGCCCGGCGCGGUUGAGAAGGUUCUGAAUUCGAUCAAUGCGAUGCGGCCGAAGAUCGUGACGGUGGUGGAGCAGGAGGCGAACCACAACGGCGGCGCGUUUCUGGACCGGUUCAACGAGUCGCUGCACUACUACUCGACCAUGUUCGACUCGCUGGAGUCAGACGGCGGCGGGGGUCAGGAUCUGAUGAUGACGGAGGUGUACCUGGGGCGGCAGAUAUGCAACGUGGUGGCCUGCGACGGGCCGGAGCGGGUGGAGCGGCACGAGACGCUGGAGCAGUGGCGGGCGAGGAUGGACUCGGCCGGGUUCGACCCGGUCCAACUCGGAUCCAACGCGUUCAAGCAGGCGAGCAUGCUGCUCGCCUACUUCUCCAGCGGAGAGGGCUACAUGGUGGAGGAAAGAGACGGGUGCCUGAUGCUCGGGUGGCACACUCGCCCGCUCAUCGCCACCUCGGCGUGGCGGAUCGCGGCUGCGGAAGACUGAGUUGACUCGGUGAGUGGCGCAGGGUAGGCCACCAAGUGAGAGUGAGCGACUGUGAGAGAGAGACUGACCUGGAAUCUACCCAAAUCCUGGCUUUUUACUUUUUCACUACUAAGUCAACCUCUUUUCUCUUAAACCUUUUUCCCCAAUUUUUUUUUUUUGGUUUGGUACAUUAUUUAAGCUUAUGAUACUCUUUUUAUUUUAUUUUGUACUGUUUCUUUGCUCUAUUUUAAUGUAUGUGUAAAAGAGUGGAAUAACGUAGUGACCUUAUGUGUAAUGUCAUUUAUUUCUUUUGACUUUAA